UUUUUUUAAAAGUCAGCCUGCCGAGGGUUUGGCAGCAAAGUUUUUCGUUUGGUUUUGCUCAGUCUGAGAAAGAUUUCAAUUGUUGCCGGCUCCCCCCGCCUCAGCAGCCCCGGAGAGAGAAGCAUGGUGCUGUACCACAAAGAGUUUGAAAAUGCCGGGAAGAAGGAAGGGGUCCAGGUCUGGAGAGUGGAGCAUCUGGAGCUAGUGCCAGUUUCACAAAGUUUGCACGGCAGUUUCUAUGUCGGAGACGCUUACCUGGUGAUGCAAACCAGAAAGAGGGGAAAUAACUUCACUUACAAUCUCCAUUACUGGUUAGGCAAGGAAUGCUCUCAGGAUGAAAGUGGCGCCGCUGCGAUAUUUGCAGUGCAGAUGGAUGACUAUCUGGGAGGGAAUCCCGUUCAAUACCGAGAGUUGCAAGAUUACGAGUCGAAUACUUUUGUUAGUUAUUUCAAGGGCGGACUUAAGUACCAGGCCGGUGGUGUCGCUUCUGGCUUUACACACGUCAUUACAAAUGACCUCUCUGCAAAGAGAUUGCUGCAUAUUAAAGGCAGGAGGAUUGUCAGAGCAACAGAAGUUCCUCUUAGCUGGGCCAGCUUUAAUAAAGGAGAUUGUUUCAUCAUAGAUCUGGGGAAGGUUAUUUAUCAGUGGUGUGGCUCCAACUGCAAUAAAUACGAGCGUAUAAAAGCUGCCCAGGUUGCUGCCAAUAUUCGGGACACUGAAAGGAAUGGAAGAGCACAACUUAUUGUGGUUGAUGAAGAUCAGGAACCACACGAUAUCAUUGAGGUUCUUGGUUGCAAGCCAGCACUGAGUGUAGGAGAUGACGAUGACGAUCACGUUGCAGACAUAUCAAACAGGAAAAUGGCAAAGCUUUAUAUGGUCUCAGAUGCCAGUGGCUCAAUGAAGGUGUCAUUGGUGUCAGCUGAAAACCCAUUCUCAUGUGACUUGCUCUUGACUGAAGAGUGUUUUAUACUGGACAAUGGAGCAGACAGAAAGAUAUUUGUUUGGAAGGGUAAAAAUGCAAACCCAAAUGAGAGAAAGACAGCUAUGAAGACUGCCGAGAACUUUAUAAAACAAAUGAAGUACCCACCCAAUAGCCAGAUUCAAGUUCUUCCUGAAGGAGGAGAAACCCCAACCUUCAAACAGUUCUUUAAGAAUUGGAAAGACAAAUGUCAAAGCGAGGGAUUUGGGAAAGUGUACGUCACUGAGAGAAUUGCAAAAAUCAAGCAAAUUGAAUUCGAUGCUUCAAAACUGCACACCUCUCCUCAGAUGGCUGCAAAACAUAACAUGGUGGAUGUUGGUUCAGGAAAAACGGAGAUUUGGCGGGUUGAGAGCAAUGGGCGGAUUCCUGUUGACCCCAGUACUUAUGGACAGUUCUUUGGUGGAGACUGUUACAUCAUUCUUUACACCUACAAAUUGGGCCAAAUCAUUUAUACUUGGCAAGGAGCCCAUGCAACUAAAGAUGAACUCACUAUGUCAGCAUUCCUCACGGUCAAUCUUGAUCAGUCACUUGGUGGGCGAGCUGUUCAAGUUCGGGUGACACAAGGGAAGGAACCUUCUCAUCUGCUAAGCUUAUUUAAAGACAAGCCACUUAUUAUUUAUAAGAAUGGAACAUCGCGGAAAGGAGGUCAAGCCCCUGUCUCUCCAAAGCGGCUUUUUCAAAUCAGAAGGAAUCUGGCCACUAUUACCAGAAUUGUGGAGGUUGAUGCGGUUGCUCUGUCUCUGAACUCGAAUGAUGUUUUUGUGCUAAAACUACCACAAACCACGUAUGUUUGGAUUGGAAAAGGAGCCAGUAGUGAGGAAGAGAAUGGAGCUAAGUAUCUUACAUCUGUCCUGCAAUACAAGCCAACCAGGAUUGUUGAAGGAGAAGAACCUGAUGACUUUUGGACUGGACUUGGAGGCAAGCAAGUUUACCAAACCUCAGCUCUGUUGCAAAGCAAUGCAGAUGCCUUUCAGCCCCGUUUAUUUGCUUGUUCAAAUAAGACUGGACGCUUCAUUAUUGAGGAAGUUCCCGGGGAGUUUACACAAGAUGACUUAGCUGAAGAUGAUGUCAUGUUAUUGGAUGUUUGGGAUCAGGUGUUUGUCUGGAUUGGGAAUGAUGCCAAUGAAACGGAAAAAACUGAAUCAGUGAAAUCAGCAAAACAUUACAUUGAUUCAGAUCCAUCUGGAAGGGACAAAAGGACUCCAAUUGUUAUAGUGAAACAAGGGAAUGAGCCCCCAACGUUCACAGGUUGGUUCCUCGCCUGGGACUCAAACAAGUGGGCAGGAGACAGCAUGACAAAAGUUAUGGCUUCACUCAAAGUGUCAUAGAGUUCCAGCAGCUGAUUGUUUGGUACUUGAAGAAAAAUUGCAAAUGUUCUUCAAAAGUAUGUAGCCAUAAAAAUAAUAAUAAUAAUAAUACAAAAUGUCUGCUUAAUUCCAAAUUUGAAAGUAUUUUUGUUGUUUUUCUAAUGCUUUUGGUGUGCUUUUGUUAAUUUGUAAUCUGUUAAAUUUUGUCACAUGUGUUAUUUCGAUUCCAUGAUUACAUUUAAAUAAUAAAAGCAGCUGUUGAGAAAGAAAA